CGGUUAAAAGGAAGAAAAGAAUCCUCACUUGUAUCUAUCAAUAAAACGACGCCAGGUAAGAGAGCUCAAAUCAGCUUGCCAUUGCGGAUACAACAGACCCACAAAACCCGCGUCUUCGCGGUUUCUCUCUCUUAUUUUCUGUCAAACCAAACAAAAGAAAGAAAAGCCAAAUCUCUCUUAAAAACCGUCUUUUUUAAAUUAUACUCUAUUCGACGACUCUCAAUUUUGUCUGCAGCAAUCAAGUCAAACUGCUCUCUCUUCGAUAUUACUUUGCUUCACGUCUCAUUCAUAUACUGCUUAUACACUGAAAUCUGAGUAGGGAUUGAAUAUCGGUGAUGUUGGGCGCUUUAAGGAGAAAAGUCGCGGGCGGAGGCUCAUCAUCUUUGGUAUUAGGGAAGUCAUUGCUGGCGAUUCGAUCGGGUGUUUCAGUAUCUAGAGUUUCUUGUAAUGCUGGAAAAGAGAUACUAUUACUUCAACCAAGAGGAAUUGCCCAUGUCCGAAACUUCUCUCAUCUUGUUCUGCCAGGCUGUUCAGCUGGUUUAACAGAGACAAGGGAUGUCAUUUCUAGCAUUCAGUCAGAGGCUAUCAUGCAAAAAUCGGGCAGGGCUUUCUCUUUUGGAGAUGUUAGCAGUUGGGCCGCCCAAGAGGUACUACGUAGGCAAUAUGUCAAAAGAAGAAAAUAGUUUUAGUUCAAAUUUUCUUUUAAAAUCUUUCUCUGGAAAAGUGUGAAUGCAAUAGUUUCAAAACUUUGGCUGCAAUUUAGUUGUAUAAUGAUUUGGUGUAAACUUUGGUGGUACUAGAC